AUGGCUCGAAUUAAAGGAUGGAUUCAGAAGCUGGAGGUGCCAGCAGAGCCUGGACUGAGCAAUGCCCAGUUGAUGUUGACGAACGAAGACUUACGACCAGUUGAGCCGGAACGUCGCCAGUGGAGAUGGUUCAAUUUCGUCGCAUUCUGGAUUGCGGAUUCUUUGAAUAUUAACACAUGGAUGAUCUCCUCCUCGAUGAUUGUGGAUGGCUUGUCAUGGUGGCAAUCAUGGAUUUGUGUCUGGGUCGGAUACUUCAUUGCCGCUGCCUUCGUCUGCUUGACUGGUCGCAUUGGUGCUACAUACCAUAUCCCGUUCCCCGUCGCCGUGAGAUCUAGUUUUGGAAUCUGGGGCUCUUUCUGGCCGGUUCUCAACCGUGCCGUCAUGGCUGUCAUUUGGUACGGUGUUCAGUCGUUCAUUGGAGGACAAUGCGUGUCUCUGAUGAUCGAGUCUAUCUGGCCCAGCUACGCCAAUUUGCACAACUCCCUCUCUGCAAGCGCCGGUGUCGACACCAAGAACUUUGUCGGCUUCUUCCUCUUCUGGCUCCUGUCGUUGCCUGCGCUGUGGUUUCCAAUCCACAAGAUUCGCCAUCUCUUUACCGUCAAGGCCAUUUACUCGCCUAUUGCUGCUAUCGCGUUCUUCGCUUGGUCGAUCUCCCGUGCGAACGGUAUUGGACCGGUUGUCCACCAACCCGCCACCGUGCAUGGAAGUACCUUGGCCUGGGCCAUUGUCAAGGCGAUGAUGAACUGCUUGGGUAACUUUGCUGCUCUGAUCAUGAACGACCCGGACUUUUCGAGAUUUGCCAAAAAGCCAAAGGAUGCGUUGUGGUCGCAGCUGCUGACAAUCCCAAUCGGUUUUGGCAUCACUUCAUUCAUCGGCAUCAUUGCUUCGUCGGCUUCUGCAGUAAUCUACGGCGGCGAACCCGUGUGGAAUCCGCUUGAUCUGCUCGGAAAGUUCUUGACCGGGGCCAGCUCGGGUGAGCGAUUCGGUAUCUUCGUGAUCGCUACUGGAUUCGCUCUCGCCCAGCUGGGAACGAACAUCUCGGCCAAUUCCGUCUCCGCUGGCACCGACUUAACAGCACUGCUUCCCCGCUAUCUCAACAUCAGACGUGGUAGCUAUAUCUGUGCUGCCGUUGGUCUGGCAAUGUGUCCGUGGAAUCUUGUGUCCUCAUCCAACCAGUUCACCACAUAUCUUUCGGCAUAUUCCAUCUUUCUGUCCGCCAUCGCCGGACCCAUGAUCUGCGACUAUUAUUUCAACCGCAAGGGCUAUCUCCAAGUGCGAGACCUGUACAACGCCCGAAAGGAUGGACCGUACUACUUUACUUGCGGUUUCUCGUGGCAUGCGUAUGCCUCUUAUCUCUCGGGCAUCAUCGUCAACAUCGUCGGCUUUGCAGGUGCCGUCGGCCGCACGGUACCAGUGGGAGCCCAAUAUAUCUACAACAUCAACUACUUCUCCGGGUUCAUCGUCUCUGCCGGGAUGUACUACACCCUUACCCGCGUCUUCCCCGUGCCUGCCACAAGUGACAGCUGGAACGAGGUCGACGUUGACUUUGAGGACUUGUCGGUGGCCUAUGGACAGGAAGUUGAUUCGGAUGAGAUGCAGGUUGCAAGAAAACUCGGUUCCUUGGAUAAAGGAUCCGGGUCUGAUCAGAAGGGUGCUCAAGCCACCACUUCAGGGUCAUAUCUUUGA